AUGGAUUUUUGUGGUUUUCAAUGUGAUAUUCAUUAUUUACAUGAUAAAACUAGAUGCCUAUCAAAUAUAAUGCUGAUUGAGCGGACAAAACCAACAUAUUUGUCCUGUGACUCGACGAUUUGGGAUACAAUUUGUCGAAGACAAACACCUUCAGGGUUGACAUCAGCGGUCAACAAUAUAAUUUUGGAAUAUUCUUCGUUGUUAAAUUCGUUUACGCCAUUGGAUGAAAUCGAAGAUAGAUGGUGUACAAAUUUCUCCAGAGUCACGGAGUUGAACAAAGAGGAUAGAGCUAAUUUUUACAAUGAAGAUACUUUUGUCCACAACACUUUGCACGACUUAAUCAAUGAGAUUUUUCGGGACUCAAUGUUAGAAUUAAUGUGGGCUAAUAGCGAGAGCUCCUCUUCAAAAAAUCGACGUUCUAGCAACAAGGAAAAUGACACUGUUAAAGGUAAUAAACCCGAUUUCAAGAUUUUGACUAAUACUCGAGAUGAAAUUCUCUUUGGAGAAGUUAAACCAAGGGAUUCAUCAUCUGUAUUGGCGAAAAAAGAUCUUGUUAAACUUGCUGAGUUCCAAGCGGGUACUUUGGACGAGUUAAUCAAAAAAUACGGAAAUAGAAUUGGAAUGAUUUCUUUUGGCAUAUGGGUAUGUGGCAUGAAUGUUCAUAUCUACGAGAUGGAUCUAAAUUAUGACGGAAUAUAUAGGAUGAUCUUAGUCGCAAAUGUAUCUGUCCCAACGGAACGGGAAAAAAUCAUAAAUUUGGUGCCGGUUUUAGAAGCGUUUUAUAAUAUUAAACAUCGUAUUUCUGAAGUUUUAACGGUAAUCGCUUCUAACACCCCGCCUAGUUCUCCAUCACGUUCUUCCUAUGGCAGAAUGCCUACCCCGUCACCAAAACUUGUCAAGAUUGCAAUUGCAGGUCUAAAACAAAA